AGAGAGGGGAGGCCCAGCCCUAAAACAGGACACGCUGCCAUCACUUCCUCCCAGAGCAGCAGCAAAUCCCCCUCCCACCAUCGCCGGCGCCUCCACGGCAGCCACAUGACACCGCGGUCUGCCUCUGCGCCCUGAUAGCAGGAGGGAAGAGAGGAAAUCGCACAGAGAUUCCGUGUCCCUGUCACCAGCAGCAGCAGCGCAGCUCCGGCUCCCGCCUCCUCCUCUGCCACCGGCGUGCUCAGGGUGCUCUCCUCACUCCGCAGCCCGGUGUCUGCACCUCGUCGCCAUGCCUAACAUCGUGCUCUUCAGCGGCAGCUCCCACCAGGAUCUCUCCCAGAAGGUGGCGGACCGGCUCGGGCUGGAGCUGGGCAAGGUGGUCACCAAGAAGUUCAGCAACCAGGAGACCAGUGUAGAGAUCGGCGAGAGUGUGAGGGGGGAAGAUGUGUACAUCAUACAGAGUGGCUGUGGGGAGAUCAAUGACAACUUGAUGGAACUCCUCAUCAUGAUAAAUGCUUGCAAGAUUGCCUCCUCAUCACGGGUCACUGCUGUCAUUCCAUGUUUUCCAUAUGCUCGCCAAGAUAAGAAAGAUAAGCAGAGCCGGGCUCCAAUAUCGGCCAAACUGGUUGCAAACAUGCUUUCUGUUGCUGGAGCUGAUCAUAUCAUCACCAUGGAUCUCCAUGCCUCCCAGAUACAGGGUUUCUUUGACAUUCCUGUAGACAAUCUAUAUGCUGAACCAGCAGUGCUCCAAUGGAUUAGAGAGAACAUACCCGAAUGGAAAAACUGUAUCAUUGUAUCUCCUGAUGCUGGUGGCGCAAAAAGGGUGACAUCCAUUGCUGACAGACUUAACGUUGAGUUUGCACUAAUCCACAAAGAAAGGAAAAAAGCCAAUGAGGUGGACAGAAUGGUGUUGGUCGGAGAUGUGAAAGACCGGGUUGCUAUCCUAGUAGAUGACAUGGCUGACACAUGUGGUACCAUAUGCCACGCUGCUGACAAGUUACUCUCUGCUGGUGCCACAAAGGUUUACGCAAUUUUAACACAUGGCAUAUUCUCUGGACCUGCCAUUUCUCGAAUCAAUAAUGCAGCGUUUGAGGCUGUAGUGGUAACUAACACAAUCCCACAAGAAGAUAAAAUGAAACACUGCUCAAAGAUCCAGGUGAUCGACAUAUCCAUGAUUUUGGCAGAGGCAAUCAGGAGGACUCAUAAUGGCGAAUCUGUGUCGUACCUCUUCAGCCACGUUCCAUUAUAAACUGUUGGCUCCCUGCAUGCAACAGUCCUUUGUUUCUUCUCUUUUAAAAGCAAACUUAACCAAAAUCCCAAUAAUAAAAAGUCUCCUUAGCAGUUUCACAAACUGUACCUUUUUCCCCAUCCUUGGAAGAGUGCGGCUUAGCAAGAAGAUAGUGUUUUGAAUGCUUUCGGUUUAUGGCAGUGCUGAAAGCAAUCCCUCAGUCCAAACUGCUCAUACCUAUGUUUAUAUUUAAUAAAACCUCUGUGGAUGUUUUGGAUACAAUUAAUGGCUGUGUACUUGCACAAGAUGAUUCAUUGGUGAAUGUCACCGGAUAGUUUUGACACUUUGAAUGUUACCUUCUCCAGUGAAAGGCUUUUGGAGAUUUGGGUUGUGUGGGAAGGGUAGGGAUAGCAUAUUGGGAGAGCUUAUUUUGUACUAGUUGCAGUUCUUAAAUUAGCAGAUGUGGAAUAUCUACAGUAGAUUGUGUUCUCUGAAUAUGGGCAGGGUUAUGGUAUUCAAAUUAUUCAACUUCAAAGCCCAAAUCCUCACAAACCUAGGCAGUUUUUGUUUAUUUUAUUUUUUACGCUAAGCUAAAGUAUAUAAUAUGAAGUUUUAGUAACAUGGACUGUUCCCAAUUUACCUGACGACACUUGCAGUAGAUCUAGGAGAAUUCCGUAUGAUAUCCCGGCUGUCGGGUUACCGGCGUCGAGCACAGCAUGUCCCGUCGUGUUCUCACUGUGCUUGACACGCUUUGUGCCCGGUUGCAACCACAGUGUUAUAUUCUCCCUCUGGUGGGGAUUCCAGCCGGCGGUCGGGAUUCUGACAGCCGGCAAAGUGUGUGCCUCCGAUCGAGGGUGGGCCUUGUUUAGACUAAAGUUCCUCACCCUUUUUGAACUUCCCAUUUGUGCAAACGCGAAGUUCAGCAGGGAAGGGUUUUAACGCCCCCAGACAAGGCCUGGCCAAACCAGAGUGAGGAUUAUCAGGUUUUUAUUUGAAUUUUUUGUGGAUUUAUUCUUUAAAUAGUAAAGCCAACACAAAAGUGCAAGUUUUACUUGUUGCGUUGUCUGUACCCCCCCCCCCCCCUCCCUCCCCAAUGCUAUUGUGAUUUUAUGUCCUGAUAAAUUUACGCCUAAGCUUUUGCAGUGCAAAUGAACAUAUUUAUGGCUCCUUAUGUAUUUAUACUUUCACCGUUGGCCUAAAAAGGCAUCAGGAGUACAGAUGUCUGUAUGUAUCACUGAGACUUGUGACAGCUGCCCAAAAAGAGUGCUCCCCUAACUUGCCGCCUUUAGAACCCUUCAAAAACCAGGCAUGUUCUAUAUUUAGCUAAUUCUAUUGCAGGCAAGUAAGUAUAGAGUAUGAUUUUAUAAGUUUCAUAUCUUUACCAAUGUGUUUUGUAAAUGUAUACUGCUUUGGUAAUACAAGUACAUGUACCACACAUCUAUGAGUCUUUUCCAUAUUGCCUCACUGCUGAUUGCUCAUUAUAAAAAGCAAUAUUUCUCUCUAAUGAAAUACAUCUAUUAGUGUCAUUUUCUUUUUCUUUUAGUUAUAAUGGUGUGCAUUGUUCCCGUUUUGCCAUCUUAUGCCAGCUAAAUUAUUUGAAUAUGUUGUUCUCUAUAGAGAACACAUUUAACAAACUAAAUAGAAAUGUUAUUGUACCAAGGCUGAAUUAAGUCAGAACUAUACGAUGCAUUACCUCGUGUGUUUUUGUUUUGUUCCUGUGUUGUUGUUUUUUUUUUAUAUUUUAAUGUCUUGUUUUUUGUGUUUUUUUUUUGUUUUUGUUUUUUUUAAGCAUUUCCUUUUCAAAUGGGUGUCUGUUGCAAUUCAGUUGAAGAAAAAAUACUAUUUUUGCUUAAACAUCAAUAAAUUGUAAGAGUUUUAUGUGGACCAAU